AUGGCCCCCGCGGGGACUCUGCGCUGGCAGCCUCAACAGGGGAUGCUGCCGAGUCCAGGGGGCUGGAGGGAGGAAUCUGCAGCUAGCGGACAUGAGAUGGCGCUGGCUCCCAAGGGCAGGAAAAAAACAGCAUUGGCCAGCGUUUUUCUCAGCUGCAGGAGAAAAAUUUUAAAGCCAUGUAAGUUGUCCAGUGCCAUGAUCAUGUUUGCUCAGCAUGUGCAAGGAGGCACGUUUGGCAAAGCCCUUAAAAUGGCUGAAGACGUCACAGACCUUGCCAAAAAGUGCGCUGCUGCAGCCAGAGGCAACCCGGAUUGUCUGAAGCCUUUGGACAGGAUUUUCCUCGAUACAAUAUGCCAGGAGGAAAAUCUUCCCAGGUUUACCGAUUGCUGUGCUAAAAAGGAUCCUGAAAGAAAUGACUGCUUCCUUUCCCUUAAAAACUCAUCGAGAGGAUUCAUUUCUCCUUUUGAAAGGCCAAAUGCUGAAGCCGCCUGCAAAAAUCAUUCACAGCAUCAACAUUCUUUAACAGGAUAUUUUAUCUAUGAGAUUUCCAGAAGGCAUCCUUUCCUCUACGCCCCAACAAUCCUUUCUGUCGCUACCCGGUAUGACGAGAUGAUGAAGAACUGCUGCGGAAAGGCUGAAGACCCCACUCAUAACCUGGAGGAAUGCUUUCGGAGACAGGCACCAAAGGUAGUGAAGCCAGUAAAAGAAGACGGCCUGAGGCAGGAACACACAUGUGGAAUCUUGAAGAAGUUUGGAGAAAGGACCAUAAAGGCUCUGAAACUUGCUCAGAUAAGCCAAAAAUUCCCUAAAGCCGAUUUCGUUACUGUCAACAAACUUGUGAUGGAUAUUGCUAACAUGCACAAGGACUGCUGUCGUGGAGAAAUGCUGGACUGUAUGCACGAUAGGGAAGAGAUUCUACACUAUGUCUGCACCAACCAAGACAUCCUAUCAAGUAAAAUUAAGAAGUGCUGUGAAAAGCCUCUGUUACAAAGAAGUGAAUGCAUAGUUAAUGCAGAAAAUGACGACAAACCUGCAGACCUGUCCCCCCACGUCAGGGAGUUUAUAGAAGACAAAGGAGUAUGUGAACGUUUUGCUCAGGAAAAAGACGCACACUUAGCCAGGUUUCUGUAUGAGUAUUCCAGGAGACACCCUGAAUUUUCUGCUCAAAUGCUUUUAAGAAUUGGUAAAGGAUAUGAGGACCUACUGAAAGAGUGCUGCAAAACCGGUGCUCCAGACAACUGCUUCAGCAGAGGGGAGGAAGAACUGAAGAAACACAUUUAUGAAACUGAAAGUGUCAUGAAGACAAGCUGCGACAUUUACAAGGAGAAAGGAGAUUACUAUUUCCAGAACGAGUAUUAGCUGAUAAAAUUCACCAAGCAAAUGACUGCAGUUGGCUCCAAGUGCUGCCAGUUAAGCCAGGACAAGCUACUGCCUUGUGCCGAGGAAAAUGUGAGUAUUUUGUUGGAUCUCGUGCUUGGAGAAAUAUGUAGAAGACACCUGACCGACCCUAUAAACCCAGGAGUUUGCCACUGCUGCAGUAGCUCCUACGCUCUCAGGAGGCCGUGCAUGGGGAAACUAGAAAUUGAUGAGAAUUAUGUGCCCUUAUCAUUGACUCCUGGUCUGUUCACUUUCCAUGAAGACCUGUGUACAACUGAAGACGAAAAGUUACAGCACAAGAAGCAGGAGUAAGACGUGCCUCUUUUACUCUGUUACCCCUGCGGCUUGCUUCGCUUUUCUUGCAGAAUGCUGAUCAACCUCAUCAAAUACAAGCCCCAGAUCACCCAGGAACAGCUGACCUCCGUCACGGCGGCCUUUACUGCCAUGAGGGAACAGUGCUGCAAGGAAGAGAACCGUGAGGCGUGUUUUGUGAAAGAGGUAUCAUUUCUGUUUUCACCCAUACGUUCUGAAUCAGAACGGAAACAUGGAGUAUACGCAAAAGCGUAA